AUGCCAAAAACAAAAAUAGUAGAAAAUGAACCGAUUUCAGAAAAUGAAGAUCUAUGCAGUAAAUAUUGGUGUGAUAAUGGAGAUAGAUGGGAUUUCUUUACCAUGAUAACAGGUUUAUUAUUGUUAAUAAUGGGAUUAUGUUGUUCAACCAUUGAAGUUGGUUAUAUAAUUUAUACAUAUCGUAUACAAUGCUACUGUGUUGGUUUAUGGUGUUCUGCAGGUUUUCUAUUAAUUGGUACUCUUGCUAUGGGAUUAUAUCAUUAUGAAUCAGUUCCAUCAGCAUCAUUAAUGUUAUUUUGUGUAAUGUGCGACUUAUUAUUUGGCAUAGUUAUGCCACUGAUUGCAAUUGCUUUUACAAUUAAGUGCGGCAAAUUAAAUGUUUUUUAUUAUCCAAUCACAAUGAUCUGCAUACUAGUUGGAUUAAUAAGUAUUGUACAUAUAUUUUUUGUAACAAGAGAACUGUUAAAAUUACGACGACAAUUCUACCGUGAAGGAUAA